AUGGAUUCGUACAAUCCCGGUAAGAGAUCGAGAGACGAUUUCGAGUCGGACAAUUAUGCAGCACCGCAGCAGCAAUUUGAAGACGAAAAUGCUGAGUCCAAGAGACAGCAUGUGGAUCCAACCCAGGAAUUGAUCAACAAUGUGUGUAAGGAUAUCCGGAGGUUGGGAGAAAAUCCCAACAUAGCCAAUCAGGUCGCGGAUGUUUCGUAUAUUUCGAAUCCAAUUGUUGCUGAAUUUGAAAAGAUCGACAAUUUGAGAAAUGCCAUUCUCAGUACUAUCUAUGCUGUGAUUAUUGAACAACCACAGAAGAUCAAUGCCUUGAGCAACUUAAUUCUUAUCUGUAACUCCAAGAAUUUCGUUGUUGCCAAAUACGUUAUUGAAUAUUUACAUGCUAAAGCUCAGACGUUGUUGGACUCUAUUGCUCCUAAAAAAGAAGAAGCUGAUGAAGAUGUAGACGAAGAAGAUGCUGGAGUGUUCAACAACUUGAAGUCUAUUCUCAAAUUCUUAGCCACUUUGGCUCCUAUCAUUGAAGGAUAUUCGAUUAUCAACAUAUUCAAACAAUUUUUGAAACUUGCAAUUGAUUUGCAGAACGAAACCCCAGACAACAGAAAUGGAACUGCUCAGGAAAUCUUCUAUAACCUGUUGAUUGCCGUUCCUUACUUGUUCAGCAACGACUUUUCGCAGGAACUAAUUGACCAGGUAAACGAGUUAGUCGCUUUAGCCAAAGACUUCAAAAUCGUAGAAAGUGCUACAAACACCUUGUUACAGCCUUUUGACUCAAAGCUCGACAAUUACAAAUUGCCUUAUGAACCAGUCAAGAUGAUUGAUUUGAUUUACAACGCCAUUCUUACAUUGCAAGGUGAAGAAAAAGAUUGGGUCAACUUGAAGCACAAGCUUUUCUUGGAUUUCUCCGAGUUGUUGGCUUCUAUUAUCGAGGAAGCAUUGCAGAAUAACCCUAUUUCAAAUGCCUUAGUUAAGCACCAAUUACCUCAACUUUCUUUGCCAACAAUUGCACAAGUUCAAGAGUACAAGCCAGUGGGUUCGAUUGACAAGUUAUGGAAAGAAAAUUCUCGUGUCUUGUUCCAAGUCUACAACUCCACUGAGUUCGAAACGGUACCAAGAAUUGAUUCUUACUUUGGUUUGUUCUUCAAGGAUCUUUCGUUUGACAUUUUAACAAACUUAUCGUUCAACAAGAAUGAGGCUUCUAUCCAAUUAUCCAUCUUGGAUUUGUUCUUCUCUAAAGAUUUGUUUGCCCCUCCAGGAUCUUCUAUCGACCUGUUGACUAUGAUUCACGAAGAUAACAAAUCUGGUGAAAACGUUCCUCCUUUGUCGACUUGGAAAAUUGAAGAUAUUGCUGUCGAAAGUAUCUUGACGAUGAUUUUCCAAUUGCCAGUCACAUUAUACCGUGAAAUCUACUAUUAUACGGUGUUGAUUUCCUGUUGUAGAGAAAGUCCGGAAUCAAUUGCUCCCGUUUUUGGAAGAGCCAUCAGAUACUUUUACAAUAACUUGGAGACAUUGGAUUAUGAGUUGAAGUUGAGAUUCUUGGAUUGGAUGACUACUCAAAUUUCCAACUUCGAGUUCAGCUGGAAGUGGGAUGAAUGGGUUGCUGAUUCACAAAAGUUCAAACACUUGAGACAUCAUCCAAAGAAGAAUUUUAUCAAGAAUUUGAUCGCUAAAGAAGUCAGAUUAUCAAACAAGAAUAGAAUCAAAGACAGUUUUGUGGCUGUCAAUCCAGAAACAUCCGAGAUGGUGAACUUGGAAGAAUUCUAUCAGUACUUGAAUAUCUCUCUUUUUGAAGAUGAAACAAAAUUCAUUUUGGAUUAUGACACUGCCCUAUACAACCAAGAAGGCACGAGAGAAAUUCUCGAAAAGAUUCAUCUCGAAAAGAGAGAACAAUUAGCUGCUAAGCCAGCUGUAUUUGCACAAGAAGAGAUCUUCUUCAACUUCUCCCUUCCUGAAUUGCCAUUGCAUGGUGUUGCCAGUAAAGUGUAUGACUUUGUCGUUGCUCAUUGGAAGCCUAACACUGAUUUCGACGAGUUGUGCAAGGAAAUUCUUGAAGCUACCAAGGAGUUCCCUGACAUUAAUGGGAUUAAGUUCAUGAUCAAUUUAAUAUUCCAAACAUAUGCCUACAUUGGAUCUAGAUCCAUCUAUUCGGUUGUGAGUAUCUUAUCUCGUGACGUCAACAAAUUGAAGUACUUGAGUGGCUCUCCUAUUGAAUAUACUGAGCAGGAGCCUAAAUUUGAGGAGCAAGAGAUUUCUCCAGAAGAAAUCACUGACAGACAAAACUGGAUCAUUGAAUCCAUUUUCAGAGUGUGGAUUCAUCAACCACAAGAAGUAUUCUUGAUUCUUGAAUAUUUGAUUGAAUUUGGAAUCUUGAAGCCGGAGAACUUGGUCUUGAAGACCUUAGAUCUUGAGAAUAACUUGAUUCUCGAGAAUGUUUCUUGUAUGGAGUCCAUGAACAGGGUGUUGUUUAACAGUUCUAUUGCCACGGACAAAGGCGACUCAUUCAAAAAAUUGAUUUUGCUACUUUUCAAUGCGAUUACACGCAACUUGAAUGCCAUCUCUGGUGAGCUUCAAGAAGAUAAAAAUGAAAUCAUCAAGAUUACAAAGGAUAUCGAAGAUCCGGAAGCAUUGGAAGUAUCGAAAAGAAUCGACCAGGAAUGGCUCUUCUACGAGUACAAGGGCCUUUUGAAGUCGUAUUUCAGAAGGUAUAUCAAGAACCUGGAAAUUGACUACUUGAGCGAUAUCAGGGAGAUUUUCGACACCAUCGAGAAUGUUCCUGCCAAGGACGAUAUGUUGCAGUGGCUCGAUGAAGUCAGCCCAUAGACUGUGUAUUUCACAAACAGAAUACAAACUAAAAGUUG